AUGGAGGUCACUGUCACAUUCAACGAGCUGCUCAAGGCUCGCUCGGCGUCUGCCACCCGCGGCACCCUGCCGGAUCUCGACCGAAUCGAUGGGUACCUCAAGGAGGCAUCCUCAAUCAAUCGCGACAUCGUCAACCUGCACAGCGAAUUAUCCCAAAUCCGACAAGCCUACCUGUCCACCGCUGCGCCCCGUAAAACACAGCUUCGAAAGGGCGCCCAGGACAAAUCCAUCUAUUUAACUGACGCAGACCGCAAUGCAGUCGAUAAAAUGGCCAAGGAAUCUCUACAACGGCUCAACCUGCGCAUCCGCAUAUUAGAGGACGAAGAGGCUAAACGGCACGACGCCGCCAUGAAGGAUAUCAAUCGCAAAUAUGGGCGCGGCUUGCGAGCACUGACGGGCUGGGCGGCUGGCGGUGUGCUGGGCCAGGACGAGGACGGCGCAAAGAGCCCGGAGCACGCAGCGGCCAUCAAGCUAGAGAUGCAGCUGUUUGCUCACAAGGGGACCAUCAUUAGCUACCUCAAGGAGAAGCUGAGUGCCGCAACCAAGCUGCAGGGCGGCAUGAUGGAAACGAGGCUAGCGAGGGAGAUGGAGAAGAACAGGAGCAUCCUGGCCAAGGCCAGAAGCUCGCAGCUGCCGCCUGCGCUGGCCAAGGAGUUUGGGUUUGACGACGCAAAUCCAGGCCCAACCCCAGCCCCCAGGGCGUCCGCACCUGGUCUACCCGUCGAUGAGGAGGAAUCGAGGAGGAGGCAGGAGGAGGACCUCGACCUCACAGACGAGCAGAGGCAGAUGUUUGAGCGGGACAAUCAAGAUAUGCUCAAGCACUACAACAGCGCGUUGGACAAGGUCAAGACGGUGGAGAAGUCGAUCAUGGAGAUCUCGGAGCUUCAGCAGAUGCUGGCGGACAACCUGACGGUGCAGUCGGCGCACAUCGACCAGCUUGUGACGGACGCAGAGAGGACCGAGGAGAAUGUCGGGGGUGGAAACAAGCAGCUAAAGAAGGCGACGCAAAGAAAGUUCAGCCAGGCGAGGGUGACCUUCUAUGCGGCCAGUGCUCUGUGUACGGCUCUGGUUCUAUGGGACUUGAUAAUAUAG